UGUUAAGGAUGAUUAUCCAGUAAAACUAUAAUUGUUACAAGUUCAAGUGAAUUAGUAUUUCUUGGUGUUUAACAAUCACAAUUCCUAUUGUCGAGGACAUUAAUUAAUUUACAAUUUACAAGUUAAUAUCAACCAUAAAGUUACGAUUUUACCAAAAAUCUCACUUUCUCUCUUUCUCUUGUCAUUCAUCUUUUUUCAUCUUUCUCUACCUUAUUUCCUUUCCUUACUUCCACUCUUACUUUGUCAUCAUCAUCUUCCAAGAAACUCCCUUUUUCUUCAUGAGUAUCUUUCAAUCUUAAAGUCAAUUGUAAUCAACUUGAAUUCAACAGUUACAAUUGAAUCAAAGCUACCAACUACCUGAAGUAAACACAUCUUCAUAUACACAGUUUACAUUGCAUGAUGUGUAUCUAAAAACGUUAACUAACGACGCAAUGGCAACUUUAAAGCAAAAGUCGUCUUCUCUUGUAUAAAUCUCGGACAAAUCAACACAAUCAACAAAUUAAAUUGUUUGUCAAAUACAAGUUGUUUUGCUGAAAAAAGAGAGAAGUCAGAAUUUUCUGCAAAAUUUGUUUACAAUUUGAGAAGUCUUACCUUUCUUUUACCCAGUGAUACUUUCCAAUUGUUGGUCCAGCCAGCAAGUAACAAACUGUUAUUCAAAUUACAAUCAUAAAUUGUUUGUAUCCAUCAAUUUCACUUAAUUUAUAAUAAUGUCAUUUUCCCGAAUUGGUCCAUCAACAUCACCUUUUGUCCAAUAUUUGGGUAAAUCCUUCAACUAUUACUCACACGAAUUUUGGAAUCAUCAAGGAGAUCCAAGAGUAUCGAUAUAUCCUUUCUUUACUUCUGGUCCCUGGUUAACGUUAACUCUGGUCGCUCUUUACCUGGUCACCGUUAAAUAUGUUGGUCCUCUUUGGAUGAGAGAUCGUAAACCAUAUGAUCUCCGUCGUCUCCUAAUUGUCUACAAUUUAUUAAUGGUAACACUUUCCAGUUAUCUGUUUUAUCAAGGUUGUAUCUUAUUAUCUUUUGGACUGGAUACUUGGGGAUGUCAACCAAUCAACUCAUCUGAUUAUUCACCAGAAACGCGCCAUUUUCUCAACACGGCUUGGAUCUUUUUUGCCUCCAAAUUGAUUGAGUUUAUGGAUACACUUUUUUUUGUUUUAAGGAAAAAAAAUUCCCACAUUUCAAAUCUCCAUGUCAUCCACCAUUCAACUGUUCCCCUGUCUGUCUGGAUUGGCUUUAAAUUUGCUCCUGGAGGUAAUAAUGCUUUCUUUCCUCUCCUCAACUCUGGUGUUCAUAUGAUUAUGUAUACCUAUUAUGGACUAACUGCUAUUGUGUCUGGCUCCAAUGGAUCAUCAAACUGGCCUCGAGUUAAUCAAUUUUUACGCUCCACCAAGAAAUAUUUAACCACUCUUCAAAUGGGACAGUUUAUUUUGGCCAUUGUUCAUGGACUAUCAACCCUAGCUCAACCAGAUUGCUCAUUUCCUAAAUCAUCGUUGGCUAUCAAUCUGGGCAAUGCCAUUAUUUUUCUUAUCCUUUUCUAUUCUUUCUACAGAAAAGCUUAUAUCAAAAAGUCCAACUAAUUUUUAUGUAUCUAUAUUUGCUUUGGUCUUUUUACACUUUAUGGUAUAUUUUAUUAUUGCGACUACCUUUUAUGGUAAUUUAUUUUUGUUUACUUUAUUUACGUUUUAUAAUUUGUGUACGACACAAAUCUGUUAUCGAAUCAAAUUAGAUUGUUUACCUUUGUUUAGCUAUUUUUAAAACCUUUUUACCUUUUUUUUGUUGUCAAAAUGUUUCAUCCUUGUGAUUCAAAAUUGUAAUAUCUCUUCAAUCAUCUAAAAUCACCACCAUCAUCAAAAAUGAUUCCCUUAAUAAUAAUUAUCAUGUAAAAUUAGACUUUUCAAUCAAAACGUUUUACCGCAAAUUUUCAAGUAAAUACACAUUUUACUGAGCUUA